AGUCUACAGCGACAACUUCACCUGUAGACCACAAUGGCUGCCAGUGAGCCGUCGAGAUAUCUGGCAAGGUCAUUGCCACGGGCAUUUGUGCCCACCGCUCGCCCCCAGGCCUUCUGCUUGCGGCGCAAUGUCUCCGAUCAAGCGUCGUCGAAGGCCGCGCAGGCCGACCUCGACGAGCUUGAGUCAGCGACAUCUCUGACACCCGCAUCGCCUUCUGAUGCUGUAAAGUCAUUUGAUCCUAUUGCGAGAUCCAAAGGGCGGAAGAAGCAGCUGCCACGGAGUCGCUAUCAAUUCCGUUCGCCCAAAUAUGAUCGUGGUCCGCUACACCCUCAUCAACCCCCUCCGCCAUCCGAUCCAUCUUCCCGACUCUACGUUCCGGGCCCUUUCUCGCUUCCACGAGUAGAGCAAACGUACCAGUCAACCGUCGCUUCCGACAUCCUCACCCUCUGCUAUGUUCACAACCCCCCGGGUUUCAAGCCGCCGCCGAAGGCACCUCGUCUUCGUUCAUGGGAUGAUAGCUCCCCCUAUCACAAGAACAGACCGCUCCGUGGACCCCGUGGAGGUGAUGUGCUGCGUCUCCUUCGGAAGCCGAUUAAUUUCAAUAAUAUUCCCAAGCUAGAACGGAUCACCAUUCACAGUUACGUCAAGCAGGCAGCUCAGGAGAAUUCGUCAUGGUUGCAUGUCGCCGGAAUGGCUGUCCAGGCUAUCUCCAACGCUAAAGUAGAAACCUUUAAGUCGAAGACCAGUGUGGCCACUUGGAGUAUUGCACCAGGCAGAGAUACUGUUGCUGUCAAGGCUGAGCUUCGUGGUGAAGAUAUGCUACACUUCUUCGGAAAGCUUGUCGACGUUGUUAUGCCCAGGAUCAAAGACUGGGAAGGUGUGAAGGGCAGCAGCGGUGACAGCAGUGGAAACAUCACCUUUGGUCUCGAGCCUGAGAAUGUUGCCCUAUUCCCUGAGAUCGAGGUGAACUAUGAUAUGUACCCCCCGAAGAUGAUUCCUGGUUGCCAUAUUACCAUCCACACAACGGCUAAGACGGACAAAGACGCUCGGCUUCUCCUCAGUGCUAUGGGAAUUCCUUUCCACGGAAAGAUGGUUGAUUAAGGAAACCGAACACACAUAUCUGGGGAAUACCGCGAGAUCUAAUCAGGAGACGCUUGAUGAAAGCCAUUCCUAUACAACCAAGCGAAAGCUUGCAUUCUCAUCUUGUUUUCUUGGCAUUUUAAUAUGUAACAUGGAAGUUCUAGACUCGUCAAAUUCAUGUAAAAUACGCUCUGAUCCAUUAGUAUUUUUUAUUGCACAAAUCAUCGUCUGCUCCGAUUGGGUUCGUUGAUUGUUCGAAUAUUUUGCAUAUCACUUGAAGACUAUAUUCCUCAACGUUUCAAAACUAUGUGGACGUAUCCCAUUAACCAUUCAGAUCCACCAGAACAGAACCCCGCUUAUUAGAAUACAAGAAUAGGAUAUCUGAAGGUCAUGAAUCGAAAACACUGUAUGUUCUAUACAACAUCAUUUCAUUAUACGUCGACAAUGAAGUUAAGAUCCGGGUGAGUGCUGUGACCCAGGAGAUUGGAUACAGAAAGUCCGAGAUCCAAGGCCAGCAAUAGUAACCAAAUAAUCAAUAUUAAAGCACAAGGAUUCAAAAAAAAAUAAAUAAAUAAAUAAAUAA